AUGGUGUCCGUUGGAGUGCCGAUCAAAAUUUUGCACGAGGCCGAGGGACACAUCGUUUCGCUCGAGACCACAACUGGGGAGGUAUAUCGAGGAAAGCUAUUGGAAGCCGAGGACAACAUGAACUGCCAAAUGGCCGACGUUUGCGUCACUUUCCGAGACGGCAGAACGCAUCAAUUGGAGAAUGUGUUCGUGCGAGGAUCGAAAAUUCGCUUCAUGGUGCUGCCCGACAUGCUCAAGAAUGCCCCAAUGUUUAAAAAUAUCGGACGUGCACAAAAGGGAGCCGUCGGCAUGGGUCUCGGUGGGAUCGAGCAGUCGCGGGGUGGUGGUCGUGGACGUGGUACGGCUUUCAGACGGGGUUCGGGUAUGCGUGGUGGACCCCGUGGAAUGUCUCGACCCGGCGGCGCUUUCCGUGGA